AUCGGGUUUAUCAUGCAACUAAUAUGAUUAAAAAUUGUAUGAGUCUAUUUUUUUGAUUAUUUGUUCUGAUGUAGUACAACAAAACUAUGGUUACGCCUGUACAACGUUUUAUUGAGCUGUAAAAGCGUUUAAUAUACAAGAUUUUAAAGAACAACAUCCACUGCCUGCAUCGUUCGCAAUUCGGAUUUCAUUGUUUUUGUUGAUCAAUCUGUGUGUUCACAUAUUUAGUUACUUGUAAAAAAUAAUUCCAACUCUGUUUAAAAUUUUGCCGCUCAAAAUAUUGAAAGAGGGGCCACCCCCACCAACUACAACGAAAGAUUCACUAGGUCGAUCGACAAUAAUAGUCCCUAGUACUUACUUAAAUCUCGGACAGCGGCACACAAAACACCGACAGCGUGUAUAUGUAACAGCUGUUGACAUGACUUCGUUUUUUCUUUUCAAAUAAAUUAAUAAAAAAAUAAAAAAGUGCGCGUUAAAAUCAUGGAAGAGCGCGUAAAGUUACUAAUGAACGACGGCAGCGAUGCCCAGCUGAUGGGCGUGAUUGCGGCAGUUUUUGCAGUAAUAAUAACAAUAGUAGUACUCUUUGCUCUAUGGAGACGCAGAGUAUCUGUUGGGCAUAAUGUUCUUCUGACUGGUCUAUGUGAUGUUGGCAAAACUCUCAUCUACGCCCGUUUGAUGCACACCAAGUACGUGCAGACUCAUACUUCUGUGAAAGAAAACAUUGGGGAUGCCAUUGAGUACAAUACUUCUGUCAAGAUAGUAGACAUUCCCGGACACGAAAGAUUGCGUUACAAAUAUUUUGACAAAUAUAAGGGCUCAGCCAAGGGGCUUGUAUUUGUUAUUGAUUCGUCAAGUAUUCACAAAGAUAUCAGAGAUGCUGCAGAAUACUUGUAUGUAUUACUGUCUGACUCUGCAAUCAACAAAAAUGUUCCUGUUCUGAUUCUUUGUAACAAACAAGAUCAGACUUUGGCUAAGAGCAGUGGAGUUAUUAAGACUUUACUGGAGAAAGAAAUUAACCUUCUUAGGGUAACUAAAACUAGUCAACUAGAGGCUACAGAUGCAUCAUCCUCAAAUGCAUACUUAGGAAGUAGUGGAAGAGAUUUCGAAUUUUCUCAUCUUGACAGAAGAGUCGAUUUUGCAGAGUGUAGUGCUUAUAUUAAAGAUGCUGAGACACCAGCUGACAUUGAACAAUUAACGUUGUGGCUAACUAACUUGGUUUAAUCAUCAUCACAUAACAAUCUUUGGCAUUAUUUAAUUCUUAAAAAAACUAUUUUUUACUCGAUCUAUUAAGCUUGAAAAAA